GGAGGCGGGGCUUGUCUGAAAAUAGGUGGGAAAGAAAAAGUCUCGCAAGUCUGCACAGAAAACAUGGCUGCCGCCCAGUGCGCAGCAAACCGUUUGCGGAAAUGAGGUGCCCAUAUUCUGCUGAAGAGGAGAGCACCAGGAUGAGGAGUCAGUAGGCAGCCUCCAUAGUAUGGCCGCGUCCCGUUCUUCGCGCGUCACAAGAUCAUCAGUGGGGUUAAAUGGAUUGGACGAGAACUUUUGUGGCCGAACCCUCAGGAACCGCAGCAUCGCACAGCCGGAGGAGACCUCGCCUCCUCCUACACCCAGAACUCGAUUGCCCUCGAAGAAGCAGGACUACCAGCAGGGUGGGACUCAGUCGGGGAAGGUAGCCGAAGCCGAGUCCUUGCCCGCCCACAGGAAACGGGGCUUGUCCGUCUCCGAGAAAGACGAGCCGGAGAGGCCGGACGCCUCCGAAAGAGUUCGGGUUGGAGUAGGACAAGAAGCCUCCCCUUCCCUGAAGAGGGCUAAGCGGUGCGCUCGCUCAGGGGAAUCCCAAGGAACCGAGGAGGAACCAUCUCCCAAACCUGAGAGCCCUGAUCCGGCUUCAGGCAAGGGCAAUGAUGAGGACUUUAAAUCGGACUUUGCUUCAAACUCGCCCUCAGAUUCGGGCUUGGCGCUGUCUGUCAGCCUCGACAAAGAGUGCGAGGAGGAAAAGGAUGAGGACAAGGAGCACAGUCUUUCUUUGCCAGGCAGCGAGUCCCACAAGGCAACCAAUGGCCUGGAUGAGGUCCAUAAGAAAGACUUAGAAUCUGCAGCCUUGCUUGCAGAGCCCUGUGCCUGCUCCACCACACUCACGAACAGUCCCUCGCUGCUCAAUGGCAGCCAAGUGGCAGCUUCAACCCUGGACCCCAUUGUGCCUUGUACAUCCCCGCUUCUUAAACCGGUGGACGAGUCCAAUGGCCCUCAGGCCGACAGAGAGAGGAACUGCUCAGCCGAGGAGGCCUCCGAAGCUGUUCUGUCUCUGGAACCGGAGGUCGAGGUUGAGGUAGACGUCGUCGGGGAUACUGGCCCGGUCCAGGACGAGCAUGUGGCUGAGGAGAGCACUAACGGUGGCCUGCUUGUGGAUCUGCAGGACCCUUCAGACGAUUGCUCAAAUAUCUCAGGGGAAACAGCAGGGCUAACCUCCCAGCUUCCCGCAGAGCCGCCUUCCUUCACAGAGCCUCAAGAGCAUAGAUAUACCUUGAGGACUUCCCCUCGGCGCACUUCCUGUGUUAGUGGGCCAAGAUGCAGCUCCCCCAAGCCUGGUUCCCCUCACACGGAUAACGGAUUACUGAAGGACGACGUCGCGGUAGUUCCUCUCGACUCUGAUGACUCGGCCUGCCAUAAAGAACCUCGGACUGACGGGCCAAGUCUCGUUAGCGAGGCAGACAGCGAACUCUCCGAACACGUAGGGGCCAAGGUCAGUGAAGACACUGGCUUAUUGGAUAGUCGAGGUUCCAGAUCCACCAAAGAACCAGAGGAGGAAGAUGCAGAGGAGGACGAUCCUGAUGUCUACUAUUUCGAGUCUGAUCACUUGGCUCUCAAACACAACAAAGACUAUCAGAGACUGCUCCAGACCAUCGGCGUGUUGGAGGCUCAGAGAACCCAGGCCAUCCUGGAUCUGGAGGCACUGGCUCGCCACCAGAAGCAGGCCCUGGCCAACCCCGUUGCCUUCGUGGACCAGCUUCAGAAGCAGGUGGAGUUGGGCUUGCCCUGUCCUCAGAGAGUCGUCCAGCUCCCCGAAAUCGCAUGGGACCAAUACACCUCAGGCCGCGGUGAAUUCGAAAGGGACUUCAGCGACGAGAAGCGCAAGACGAGGCGGUUGAAGUUAAUCUUCGACAAAGUGGGAUUACCAGCAAGACCGAAAAGUCCAGCUGAUUCCAAGAAGGAGAGCGACGUCUCCACUCUGUACUCGUCUCUGCCCUCCAGUGACGCCCCGGAGCACGGCAUGCUCGGGAACAGGACGCAGAUGAUCAGAGGGAGACCGUAUCACCAGAGCAAACCGGACACGUUUAACCAGCUGUGGACGGUGGAGGAGCAGAAAAAGCUGGAGCAGUUGCUCCUCAAGUUCCCGCCCGAGGAGGUGGAGUCUAAACGGUGGCAGAAGAUCGCAGACGAGCUGGGGAACAGGACGGCCAAACAGGUCGCCAGCCGAGUGCAAAAGUAUUUCAUUAAACUGACGAAGGCGGGAAUUCCAGUUCCGGGACGAACUCCGAACCUGUGCAUGUACAACAAAAAGACCUCGAAUAAGAGGCAGCAUCACCUGAACAAGCACCUGUACCGGCCCUCCACCUUCCUGACGUCCUACGAGCCGCCCGUCUACAUGGAGGACGAGGACGAGCGCUCGAGCUUCGUCUGCGGUCUGCAGGAUGGCGCGGCCAACGAUUCGGACGAGGACGUCGUACCGGUGGAGCUGAGGCACCUGCCAGAGUACAAAGAGCUGCAGGAGCUGAAAAGACUCAGGAAGCGGAAGAUCCACGAGCUCCAGAGCGAGAGCACCCUCGCACAGCACGUAGGCUACAAGUGCGAUAUGUGUGGCAUAGAGCCGAUCCAGGGCGUACGGUGGCACUGCCAGGACUGCCCCCAGGACAACGCCGUCGACUUCUGCGCCAACUGUGCCGACUGCGCGUUCAAGACGGACACGCACACGCCGAGUCACCGCCUGGAGCCGGUCCAGCAGGUCGAGGGCUUCCUGGACAGAGACUACUGCUUGCCUGCAAGCGCUGCCUACAACUACCUGGACCCCAACUACUUCCCUGCCAACAGAUGACAGGAGCGAGGCAGGGCCGCUCGAACCCGGGGCCGGACUCGCUUCGUCCACUCACCAGAGGCAGAUCUGCUUACAGCAGGAGGACCCUGAACCACCGCUCUACCUGAGCUCACACGCCAUUGUCAACGCAAAAAGGGAGGGAGCGACGUCCCAAACCGUCUCCGCUCUCCGUCACCCAGCUGCUGUCAAGCCUUUGUGUGUGUGUGUGUGUGUGUGUGUGUGUGUGUGUGUGUGUGUGUGUGAGAGAGAAGGUGGAAAUGAAAAGGGACUCGGUGCUGACUUUCCAUUCACGCCAGGUUUUUAACCAGGAGGAUUUGCUAACAAAUCAGACGUUCUUAAUUUACAGACCCUGAACACACUUUUACUAGAAGCUGCUUUUUUUUUUUCUUCUUUUUCCCUCUCUUUUUCUUCUCCCCCUUCCCCCUCUUUCACACCCCAAGACCUUACAUCAUGAUGUCGAUCAUGUGUUUGAUGUUGUUUUUGUUUAAUGUUAAAGCUCCAGCCCAUGAAGCACUACAGCACGGACAAGACCAGCUGAGAGACGCACUUGGUAGGUGUCAGUAGCGUAUGGGGUGUCGUUUUCUUUCUCUCAGUCUCUCUCGCUCUCUUUCUCUCUCUUUCUCUCUCGUAUCCCUUCCUCCUCACGUCUUCUCGGUGUGUACUGUCGUCGAUCAUGUGGAGUAUACAAACGUACAGUGAGUUUAGCCAGUCGUAGGUGCUGUGCCAUUUUUGUUCUUCCGUUCUUCUUGUUUUGUUUUUUUUUAGCGUCCGGAUGAUUCCAUGUCACUCGUUUUAGGGAAAAAAAAGACAGAAAAUGAAAUGGUGGGAAAAUCUGCCCAGUCAGCUCACUUCUUACUUUCGUUUUUUUCCCCUUUCCCCUGCCUCAUGGUCCACGACAAAGUGUAUUUUUAUUAAUCUAUUUAAACGGCAUUGAUGCCAGAAAAGAUGAUCCGGAGGUGGUGCCAGUUGUCGUCCACCCGGUGUUAUUUUAUACACAGAUUUCGUUGUGCUUUCCAUGUAGACCAUUUUGUAUUGGAUUUAGUUUUGUCCCCCCCCCCCUCUUUUUGCUCCUCCCGUCCCCUGCUUCAAUAUCAGUGUAUAACAGUCUGUUCUUAAAUAAUGUUCACAUGUUAGAGGAGAACUGUGGAAAUAAAAGUAUGUGAAAAGUCUUUCUACACCACA